AUGGAUCCACAGAGCAGUAACGCUCGAAUCACAGAUGAUGUUGAAUUUGAAGAUGCUGAAUUCCAUGCCGUUCAUGAUGAUGCUGAGCAUUUGAGGAAUCCGACAUCAGACAACCAAGUUCUAUUAGACGAUCAGACCAAUGAAAGAUUGUAUAUUCCUAAGGUAGCUUCAUCAUGUGUUCCUGUUAUAGGAAUAGAAUUCACUUCCCUAGAGCAAGCAUAUGUGUUUUAUCAGACAUAUGCCAAGAAGUCAGGGUUCUCUGCUCGAAAAGGAGGUGAACACCAUGUUGGUGGUAUUAUCAAGACUAAAUACUUUGUGUGUUCAAAGGAAGGGCAUAAACCUCUGGCUUUUGAUGAUCCUUAUUUGAAGUUGUCUAAGCCAUAUAAAAGGAGGAACAGACCGACUAUUCAAACCGGGUGUAAAGCUCAAAUUAAGCUUUGUUCGACGGAUGGGGUGUUGUAUAAGGUAGAUAAGUUUGUUCAAGAGCAUAAUCAUUCAUUCGUAUGCCCCAAAGACAUGCAUUUAUUACCGACUUAUAGGCAUCUGUCCGAAACACAAGAAGAGAUGAUAUGGGAUCUUGGUAUAUUGAAUUUUGGGCCAGUGAAAGCGUUCAAUAUAAUGAGACAAAGAUACGGUGGUUUUGAAAAUGUUGGCGCAACUAAAGACGACUGUAAGAAUUUUAGAGCUAGGAUACAUAGCUAUAUAGGAGAGUAUGAUGCAGAUAUGGUUAUAAAUAGGUUGACCGAUAAAAAGCAGUUUAUGGUUGAUUAUUCAUUUGUACAUUCUGUCGAUGAAAACAAGCGAUUAACUGGCUUGUUCUGGGCUGAUGGUUUGUGCAAACGAAACUAUGCUGAGUUUGGAGACGUCAUAUCGUUUAAUGCUACAUUCAAAACCAACAAGUAUAGAAUGGUUUUUGUACCCUUUACUGGUAUUGAUAACCACUUUCGGAAUGUGAUGCUUGGAGCCGGGUUGCUAGCUUCCGAAAGUAUUGAAUCAUACAAAUGGCUGUUACAAUCAUUUUUGGACUCAUUUGGUAAGCAGCCGAAGGUUGUCGUCACUUAUCAGGACCCGGCGAUGAAACAAGCUAUCGAGGCAGUGUUCGAUAAGAGUAGGCACAGAUUAUGUAUGUGGCACAUAAUGAAGAAAGUUGCCGAUAAGGUGGGACAUGAGUUAUGUAACAACGAAGACUUCAAAAGAUGUAUGUGUGACAUUGUAUGGACUGAUUCGAUUGCGCUAGAAACGUUUGAGAGAGAAUGGAAACUGAUAAUGAUUGAAUUCGGUCUAACCGAGAAUAAAUGGAUUGACGAUAUGUUUGGCAUGAGAUCUUCUUGGAUUCCAGCUUUCUAUCAUCAUGAGCAUAUGUCUGGGCUCAUGUGGACCACCUUCAGAUCAGAGAGCGAAAACCAUUUUUUCUGUCAGGUGGCGAAUUCUCAACUUACCCUUGUUGAGUUUUUUAACCAUUUUGAUGGGGCAAUGGACGUGCAAAGAUUCAACCAUCGGAAAAAUGACCAUAUUUCUAGAAAUACAACCUCAGAUAACUGGUCUGAAACUACCUUAGAGGAUGAUGCUAUGAAAAUUUACACCAGGUCCAUCUUUGCUGAUCAACAGGCAGAGUUAUAUGGAACACUGUCUGAGUGUCUUCCUAUGGAGACUAAAAUCGAGGAACUGUUCUUGAAGAUAAGUAUGAAGGAUUGGAAAGCCCACGGUGACGGUUUAUUAGAGGUUUGUUUCAAGAAGGGGGGGGGGUGUAAUUGCAUCAUGCAGUUGUCGCAGGCCAAAGAGGUUGCGUAUGAGAUAAUGCAGACCGAAGAGUAUCUUAUUGGUAACUUGAUGAGAGAUUUUGAUCAUCUUGUUAUAGUCAGGGAUCGGAUGAGGGAGAUGAAAGAAAUGGUUGAUGAACUUCGCAUAACCAAACCCAUAGACCCUAAGUUUGAUAGAUAUCCAAGGUUAAUCGGUUACGAGAAACCAAACACUGAUGCUCCACCUACAGGUCAAGCUAGUGCUGCCGAUAAGAAGGGGAAGAAAAGAAGAGUAAUUCAGUUUGAGACUGAUCCUGGCUUAGUAGACGAAGAGGACGAGGAGGCAGAAACUGGUGAGGGAGAGGAGUAUGAGGAGGUUGACGAAGCAGAUGACAGUGAUUCUGAAUGGGAAGAGCUAAACGACGACGAGUAA